CGAGUUCAGUUCAGAGAGAGAGCCAGCAGCCAGAAGAACCCAGAGAUGAUCAGAGGACUUAUUCUCACAGGACUACUGGUCCUGCUUUGGCACCAGAUGGAUGUACAAGCGCACAUGUUGAGCAGACACAGUCCCGCCAGCAACAUGGCCAAGCUGAAGAGCUUGCUGCAGCAGUUUGAGGAGGCCCUGGCCGCAGAAGAGGCUCCUGAGAGAGCCGUCGAUUAUGAGGACAGCAACACAGCGCUGGAGCAGAGCCCGCCCUCCACGUCCUGGGACAGAGACAGAGAGGAAGAAGCAGCUCCGGCGGAGGACACCAACCCCUCGGAUGGGUUUGAUACGCAGAGAAACCGCCUCAUAGAUCUCCUCAUGUCAACCCGGAGCAAAAGCCUGUCUGGCUGUUUCGGGGGACGGCUGGAUCGCAUAGGGUCCUCCAGCACCCUUGGGUGCAACUCUAAAAAAGGUUAGCUAUGAUGACUGAUACAGAUUACAAUAUAUAUUUAUGAUAUAUAAAUUAUUUUACAUGUGGGCAGCUGUCCAUUAACUUUUUAGGUUAAAACUUACAUGUAUUUAAGAGAGGGAAGAACAUCUCAGUAAAUCGAAAUAAAAGUAAAUCUGAGGUCAGGUCCUGUAACUUUUAAUUUAAAAUAUGUGGGGGGGGGAAGCCAUCUGUGAAAAAUAAACAUAUUGGGCCUUAUUUUUAUGGUGUAGUAUAAAUAUGAGCUCAUAAAAACUGCAUGUAUUAUAAUUAUAGUUGACACAGAAAGCAAAUUUGUAGAGUAGAAAACAAAGAUGAAAUUAAAAUGUUACAAAAUGCAUGUUAAACUGAUCUGCGUGGAAAUUUUUGUUCAAGUCUUGAAACAUGGAAACCAACCAGACUGUUACAAAAUUUGUCUAUAUUUUGGAAUGCCUGUUGUGCUUUAUAUUAUCUGAUGGUUAAUAUUUGUUUGAUAUAUAUUUAUUAUGUACAAGUAGUUGAGUGCUAAUAAGUAUGUUUAAAUACAAUAUAUGGCAAAAACCACGAUAAUUAUGUGCAUUCAUAAUGUAUUACUUAUUCUGCAUUCAUUUAUGAGAUUGGUGUGCAAUUCUGCUUUUAAUAAAGAAUAACAGACCCAGAUAAUCUUGUUAUUUGUUUGUGCUGUU